AUGGUGUUUCCGCAGCCGCGUUCUACCGGAAAUUAUGCCAUGAAGAAUCCAGCCAUAGCUUCAGGUCUCAGCCAGUUGUCGCUGUGUUUUUUCAUCACACUUGUUCAAGAAAAAGGAGCUCAGACAGUCGUCAGCUAUGCCAAGAAACGUAACAAUGAGAUGCUUGUCGAAAUUUACCCAAAAAGGACAAUUGUUUAUGUUGGCAACAAGUUGUUCCGUUUUACCUCGACAAAUCUCUACGAUGAUACCUGGCAGCACGUGUGUCUCACCUGGGAAAAUAUUCAAGGAGUAGCGAAACUCUAUAAAGAUGGUCAAUUUGCCGGACAGGUAACAAAUAAUGCCACUGAGAACUUUACACUUACGGCUGGCGGCUUCCUGGUGCUCGGACAAGACCAAGACUCUAUUGGCGGAGGAUUUAUUCGUAAGCAAACUCUUCGUGGCCGAUUGGCAAGUGUUAACAUGUGGGAUAAAGUUCUGUCCGAAAGCGACAUUGCCGCUCAGUACACAAAUUGCAGCGUACCUUAUGGUUCUGUUCUUAACUGGUCUGUAUUCAAAAAUCUUACUCAUGGCAAUGUCACAGUUGAAGAGCCGUGA